AAGAGUGACGAGUCUGCUUCUAGCUGAUACUUUACCGGCACUCUCUGUGACUCACCGAAGGCGAACAUUCAGUCCGCGACGGACUACGAAGCCGUCGACAUCGGGCGCAUGUCCGUGUCAUCGUGCUCGGUGCAGAGCUGGAGGAUACAGUGAUCAUCGUCCUCAGUGUGUGCCACGUGCGUUACGUGUGUCGACGACAUGAUUCGAGGCGGCUGAAGCACAGUUAAGCAAUUCACUUGGCGCAACGUUUGGAGGACCUUCAAUUUUCGCGACGACAUGGUGUACCACUGGCAGAGUCAAAAUGUCAAAAUUUCCGGCGUGGACGACAUGGUCCUCCUGCCGAAGAUCAACGAGGAUGCCAUCAUCGAGAAUCUCAAAAAAAGAUAUAUGGACGAUUACAUAUUCACAUGUAUCGGACCCGUAUUGGUAUCGGUCAAUCCUUUCAAGCAGAUGCCGUAUUUCGGAGAGAAAGAGAUCGAGGUAUAUCAAGGCGCGGCACCGUACGAAAAUCCACCGCACAUCUAUGGAUUGGCAGACGACAUGUAUAGAAACAUGCUAAUUGACAACGAAAGUCAAUGCGUCAUUAUAAGCGGUGAAUCUGGCGCUGGGAAAACAGUUGCCGCAAAAUACAUAAUGUCCUAUGUAGCAAGGGUGAGCGGUGGCGGCAAAAAAGUGCAGAGGGUAAAGGACGUGAUUCUGGAAUCAAACCCGCUUUUGGAAGCCUUUGGCAACGCAAAGACCGUGAGAAACAAUAACAGUAGUAGAUUUGGAAAAUACGUGGAGAUGCAGUUUGGUUCAGGCGGUCAGCCAAACGGUGGUAAGAUUUCGAAUUUUCUUUUGGAAAAAUCGAGAGUAACCUGUCACAAUCCCGGCGAGCGAAAUUUCCAUAUAUUUUAUCAGCUGGCAACAGGCGCCAAUCAGGAGAUGAAAACGGAAUUUGGAUUAACGGAUCUCGAUUAUUAUCAAUAUUUGAGUUAUGGUGGCAAUUAUAAAGUGGACGGCACAAACGACGCACGGGAUUUUCAGGAAACCCUUAAAGCAUUAAGCGUUAUGGGUAUAAAAGACACAGAAGUGAUGGAUAUAUUCAGAUUGGUAGCUGGGGUACUUCAUGUGGGAAAUGUACAGUUUGCUGAAAGCGGCAAUUAUUCGCAAAUAGCCGAUAAGCAAUUUCUCGAGUUUCCAGCUUAUCUCUUUGGAAUUUCGGCAGACCAGCUAUCGCAUAAGCUAAUUUCUCGAGAAUUCGAGUCAAAAUGGGGAAGUCAAUCUGAGAGUGUGGACGUGACACUGAAUGUAGAACAGGCGCUUUAUACGAGGGAUGCCUUAGCAAAAGAUAUCUACGCCAGACUUUUCGAUUAUCUAGUCAAGAAAGUUAAUUCUGCCAUGGAGACAAACACGGACGGAUACGAGAUCGGAAUUUUGGACAUAUACGGCUUCGAGAUCUUUGAGAAAAACGGCUUCGAGCAGUUCUGCAUCAAUUUCGUGAACGAAAAAUUACAGCAGAUCUUCAUCGAGCUCACGUUAAAGGCAGAGCAGGAGGAGUAUGUUUCCGAGAACAUUAGAUGGACACCCAUAGAGUACUUUAAUAACGCCGUCGUAGUGGAACUUCUCGAGGGUAAAAGGCCACCUGGUCUUUUUCUAGUACUAGACGACGUAUGCGCGACGCUCCACGGCGGUAGCACGGGCGCCGACGUCGACUUGAAGAAGAAACUGGCAGGAACGGCCAAACAGCACGUGCACUUCCAAGACAUUAGCGACGGUUUCGCAAUCCUGCAUUACGCCGGUGCGGUGUCCUACUCUGUCGAUGGAUUUUGCGAUAAGAACCGAGACGUCCUCUUCUUGGAUCUGAUCGAAUUGAUGCAAACCAGCUCCAAUUCCUUGGUGCGUGAACUUUAUCCGCGAGACACCGGUAAAACCAAGACUCUCAAGUCCAGACCAACCACCGCGGGUAGCAAAAUCAGAAGUCAAGCCAGUCGCUUGGUCGGUCAACUGAUGAAAUGCACGCCGCAUUACAUUCGGUGCAUCAAACCGAAUGAAACGAAAAAACCGCGAGAUUGGGAUUACCUGAGAGUCAAGCAUCAGGUGGAAUAUUUAGGUCUGAAAGAAAAUAUCCGAGUACGCCGAGCUGGCUUCGCCUAUAGAAGAACCUUUGCCAAGUUUCUACACAGAUAUGCGAUCCUCACCAAGGAAACCUGGCCUCGUUGGCCCGGUGAAGAGAAACAAGGCGUAGAGUGGAUAUUAGGCAGCAUCCAUAUCGAUAAGUCGCAAUAUCAGCUUGGCAGAUCGAAACUCUUCAUCAAGGCGCCGGAAACCCUCUUCAUGCUGGAGGAAGCUCGUGACCGGAAGUACAACAUGUAUGCGCGAGUCAUACAGAAAGCCUUCAAAAAGUACUUUGCCCGGAAGAGGCAGCAACAACAGAAACAGGAAGCCGCUAAUCUUCUCUUCGGUCAUAAAGAGCGAAGACGGGCGAGUCUGAAUAGAAAUUUCGUGGGCGAUUACAUAGGGCUGGAAGGCAAGUCGCAGACAAUGAGUCUACUCGGAAGACGGGAAAAGGUGUUCUUUGCCGAGGUCGUGAAGAAAUACGAUAGAAGAUUCAAGAUGUGCAGAAGAGAUCUCAUUCUCACUGGCAAGUACCUUUAUUUAAUCGGCCGAGAACAAAUAAAGAAAGGUCCCGAAAAGGGUAAAUCUGUGCAAGUUAUUAAAAGGAAGCUCCCAUUUAAUCAAAUUAGCCACGUGUCAUUAAGCACGCUGCAAGAUAAUUUCAUAAUCAUUCAUACGAGGGAGGAUUAUGCCAGCUUAUUAGAAUCGGUAUUCAAGACGGAAUUCCUAUCUGUUCUUGGCAAAAAAUAUCUCGAGGACAUUGGCCAUCCUUUGAAUGUUAAAUUUAGCAACGACUUAGAAUUUAAAGUGAAGAAGGAAGGUUGGGCUGGCGGUGGAACGAGACACGUAAGGUUUACGCAAACCGAUUAUGGUGAUAAGGAGAUUUUAAAACCUUUCGGCAAAAUUCUCAACGUCAGUAUCGGUCCAGGAUUACCAAAUACAGCAAAACCCAAUUCAGAUCGAUCAACAUUGUUUGUUCGUUCGCAUAAUGAUAACAUACCGAUUCGUUCAGCACCGAAGCUGUGCGAUUUGACUUCAGUCACAAUUGGGAACAAUCAGACGAUUAUAACAGGUAAACCUCCUCCUCAUCCGGUAGCAGCUGUAAGAUCUACGACUUCUACACAAGCUACUUUAAACGGUAAACCAAACAUUCCACCAAAUCGUCCGAAUGUUCAACCUAUACAGCUUCAAAAAGCUAUGAGAAAUGGAACAAACUAUCCUAACAAGCUACGGGAUAAGCAGACUGCUGUAAUGGGCAUGUGUUGUAUCAAUCCCAAUGCCGGACCACGUGGUAUACUUAAAUUUCCUCCACCACCUACGGACCCACCGCCACCGCACGAACCUAUAAGAUUCAAGUUACCCUCCCUCAAUGACGAACAUAACGCUUCCGGUCAUCAAAGUAAAGGAAUGCAAACAUCCCAAGAAUGGAACAUGAAACAACCUAACGACGCGUUAAACCGCGUAAGGAGAAAGGAGGAUAACACCGCGUACGCGGUCGCUAAUAGAAAGAUACCUCCCCAAAAACCGAUACCACCGAGUUUGCCAAAAGUCAAGGCCUUGUACGAUUACGAGCCGCAGGAUCUCGAUGAGCUAGGCCUCAAGGAAGGCGACAUCAUAGAAGUACUCAAAGAACAUGAAGGCGGUUGGUGGCACGGAAGACUGAAAGGAAAGACCGGUCUUUUUCCUUCAAACUAUGUUGAAAAAAUAUAAACUUUGUAACUGAAUUUUCACUUAAUUAUCGAGAAUUAGCGAAAUAAGGAAAAACAAUAAGUACACGUCUCCUAUUCUCUGUUGUUUGCAAUUUCCAUGAUACACUUAUUGCGCGAAACUUGAUUAAAUAUUAACGGAGAAGAUCAUUAAUGCCAAAGUGAACAAAGAAUUUGUAAUUGAAAGUAAACGCAAUAAUUUUUGCGAGCGUAUUGUUUGUUAUAAAUAACAUAAAUAAUUAAUAAAGAUUGUUACGCGAUAAGUUUAGUAGUAAAGAUUGUGGAAUCAUAAUAUCAUGGUUCAAAUAUUUCUUUUUUCUGAAGGAAACUCAAAAAACUCAUCUCUUGUUGUAUAAUUCAAUGAGUUUAUAGACUCCAAUAAACUUUAUCUACGGUAAAACAUCUCGUUACGAAAUUUAAACAAAGAGUAAAUAUAUCGAAAAGAUAUAGAUCGUUGUUAUUAGUUAUUAGUGUAUAAUAGAUUUGUAACUUUUCAUGUACAGGUCGCAAUCGAUAUUUAUAUAGUCAACUAAAUAUGUCACGGUUAGCAAACCUGAAGGUGACAAAUAGUCAAUCAUAUUGCAUAAACAUGUAACAAUAUGUAUAUAGUCACUGCCAUCUGCAAAAUAUCCGCUAAUAAAAUUGUAUCUCAAUUACA